AAAUUUCUCCAUUCUUCUUGAAGGAGCAUAAUUGCGGCCUUGACCUCGUCCCCCACUGAUGUAGCGGGUUCUAUUUUAGGCGCUAAAGUGCUAGGUUUAGGAGACGUUUAUUCAUACCGUCGAGAGGGGCUUUUCAGGGUUGGGUUUUUUUAGGGUUCAGGUUUCUCUUUCCUACUUCAUUGAAGGUGAUAACUGAAAUUAAGUUGGCCCCAAUUCUCAUUUAUAAAGAUGCACAUCCAUAGAGAAGGCUUCAUGGUGUUGAAGCAUCUCUUGUAGAAUGAAGUAUGUCAUGUGGCACAUGAGAUCAGUACGUUAGUAAUCAGGGUUACACAUCACAUCAGACGCAGUUUCAUUUCACAAUGGCCAGCAUUGAUGGUACUACGAAUUCAGAUGUUGAAAAGGCAGAGGAACUCAAACUUCUUGCAAAUGAAGCAUUCAAAGCCCAUAAGUAUCAUCAAGCUAUAGAGCUAUACACUCAAGCAAUUGAACUGAACAAUCAGAAUGCUGUAUACUGGGCAAACCGCGCAAUAGCACACACUAGACUCGAGGAGUAUGGGAGUGCGGUGCAGGAUGCAACAAAAGCAGUAGAAAUUGAUCCUAGAUAUUCAAAGGGCUAUUAUAGGAGAGGAGCUGCAUAUCUUGCAAUGGGAAAAUUCAAGGAAGCUUUGAAAGAUUUUCAACAGGUCAAGAGAAUUUGUCCAAAUGAUCCUGAUGCGAACAGGAAGCUGAAGGAAUGUGAGAAAGCUGUUCAGAAGCUUAGAUUUGAGGAGGCAAUUGCUGUACAAGAUUAUGAUAGGCAUUCUGUUGCUGAUUCGAUUGAUUAUCGAUCGAUAGAUGUGGAGCCUCAAUAUGCUGGUGCCAGGAUAGAGGGAGACAAUGUGACUUUGGACUUUGUGAAGAAAAUGAUGGAUGAUUUUAAAAACCAGAAGCCCUUACAUAAAAGAUAUGCAUACCAGAUAGUCUUGCAAGCCAGGGAGAUGCUCCGAGCAACGCCUUCUCUGGUAGAUAUCACAGUCCAAAAUGGAGAUCAUUUCACAGUUUGUGGUGAUGUACAUGGCCAGUUUUAUGACCUCUUGAAUAUAUUUGAGCUCAAUGGCCUUCCCUCAGAAGAAAACCCAUAUCUCUUCAAUGGUGAUUUUGUGGACCGGGGAUCCUUUUCUGUUGAAGUAAUCCUUGCGCUUUUUGCAUUUAAAUGCAUGUCCCCAUCAGCAAUUUAUCUGUCUAGGGGAAACCAUGAAAGCAAGAGCAUGAACAAAAUUUAUGGUUUUGAGGGCGAGGUCAAGUCAAAGUUGAGUGACACAUUUGUUGAGCUCUUUGCAGAAGUAUUUUGUUGCUUACCUUUAGCUCAUGUAAUUAAUGAGAAGAUAUUUGUAGUCCAUGGAGGCCUUUUCAGUACAGAUGGGGUAAAAAUUUCCGAUAUUAGGGCGAUUGACCGGUUUUGUGAGCCUCCUGAAGAAGGGUUGAUGUGUGAGUUGCUAUGGAGUGAUCCACAACCGGGUCUUGGACGUGGGCCUAGCAAACGUGGCGUAGGUCUUUCCUUUGGUGAAGACGUUACGAAGAGAUUUUUGCAGGAAAAUAACUUAGAGCUAUUGGUUCGAUCUCAUGAAGUGAAGGAUGAGGGAUAUGAGAUUGAACAUGAUGGUAGGCUGAUUACCGUGUUUUCAGCUCCUAAUUAUUGCGAUCAGAUGGGUAACAAAGGGGCUUUCAUAAGGUUCAAGGCCCCAGAUUUGAAGCCAGACAUUGUCUCAUUUUCUGCGGUGCCUCAUCCGGAUGUGAAGCCAAUGGCCUAUGCGAAUAACUUCCUUAGGAUGUUCUCUUGAUCCUUAAAUCAGAUUAAAGUUUUCUGGAAUUUUCUUCUUAUAAAAUUGAGCCAGGCGAUUUCUUGGAGAAUUUUUUGGCUGCUGAUGGAUGCAGGUGCUGUGGGAACCAAUAGGAGAGAGUGGACACUAAAUCGCUUCAAUUGGCUGUGAAUCUGUGAUAUAUUUAUACAGUUACUUGUCUUUUUUAUUUGGAGGGUUUCAGGUAAGUUCAUUUUUGUCACCAUAAUGUUUAUUUGUUGGAAAUCCCAGAUGGGCUGGCCUUUACAGAGAAGGUUUCUAACAGCAAAGGCUGUUAAAACUGUAAGAUUGACAUUACCAUUUGUAAUACCCAGCUUUGUUUGCAGCUAACGUACAAGACAAUGAACAUUGUGAAACGCCAUCUUCGUA